GGCUCGUGGCUGCUGGGCACCUGAGCUAGCCCGACCAAAAGGCUGGGAUCUGAGCACAGUAUGGCCUCCCAGAGAGCUGUGAAGCUAUCUCUGAAGAAGUCCACUCAUGCCGUGUGUGUGGUAGGUGUGGAGACGCUGGUGGAUGUCUACAGUGAUGUGCCCAAGGGCGCCAACACCUUCGGGGUAUCUGGGAGCUCUGAGGUGAAGAUCUACAUGGUGUAUGAUCCUGCACGGGUGGCAGAGCCCACAGGUCGGGCCCACUGGCCCCUGGAUGCCAGUGUGGAUGUGGUGGUGGUAGCAGACACAGCCAGUAAGGACUUAAAUGACCUCAAGGUGAAGGUGUCGUACUUCGGGUCACAGGAGGCUGCUGCCCUGGGCCACAGCGUGCUCUACCUCACUAGUGUUGAUGUGUCCCUCGAUGCUGACACAGGCCGCAUAGGCAAGGUGAAGAAAAGCUCGGGUGACAAGAAAACCUGGCGCUGGGGCUCUGGGGGCUCUGGGGCUAUCCUGUUGGUAAACUGUGACAGAGACGUCCCUGGAUCCAGGGAGGACCUGCAUGCCAGCCAUCUGAGGUCGCUGGAGGACCUGCAGGACAUGUCCCCAAUGGUGCUGAGCUGCGGUGGCCCCGAUGAGGUCUUUGAGGGCCACAAGCUGGUCUUGAAGGUGUCUUUGCCCGAUUCCAGAAGGCUGAGGGUCUUCUGUGCCCGAGGUGGGACCUCCCUCUCCAACUACAAGCAGGUGCUAGGACCCCAUCACCAGAGCUAUGAGGUAGAGCGGCACCCCGGGGAGAGCAACAUCCAGUUCUACGUGGAAGGACUCGUCUUUCCUGACACCAAUUUCCCAGGGCUGAUCUCCCUCAGUGUCAGUCUGGUAGGCACAGAGGCCCUCUCCGAGGUGUCACUCUUCACAGACAGCGUGACCUUCCGAGUGGCCCCCUGGAUCAUGACCCCCAACACCCAGCCACCCCUGGAGCUAUAUGUGUGCAGUGUGACAGAUGCCCAUGGCCGCAAUGACAAAUUCCUGGAAGACAUGGCUCACCUGGCCCAGAAGGCCAACUGCAAACUAAUGAUCUGUCCCCGGGUGGAGAAUAACAAUGAUCGCUGGAUCCAGGACGAGAUGGAGUUUGGCUACAUUGAAGCCCCUCACAAAUCCUUCCCUGUGGUCUUCGACUCCCCUCGAAACAGAGGCCUGAGGGACUUUGCCCUUAAGAAGAUCCUGGGUCCUGACUUUGGAUAUGUGACCCGGGAGAUCCAGUACGCAGGCGCCUCUGGCCUGGAUUCCUUCGGCAACCUGGAUGUGAGCCCACCAGUGAGGGUGGGCAACAAAGAGUACCCACUUGGCAGAAUCCUCAUCGGCGGCAACUUCCCCAAAUCCAGUGGGCGGCGGAUGGCUAGGGUGGUGCGUGACUUCCUCCAGGCCCAGCAGGUGCAGGCCCCCGUGGAGCUCUACUCUGACUGGCUUUCCGUGGGUCACGUGGAUGAGUUUCUGAGCUUUGUGCCCACCUCUGACCAAAAGGGCUUCCGGCUGCUCCUGGCCAGCCCCAGCGCCUGCCUCCAGCUGUUCCAGGAGAAGAAGGAGGAGGGCUAUGGGGAGGCAGUGCAGUUCGAUGGCCUCAAACAUAAGACAAAGAGAAGCAUCAACAAUAUCUUAGCCGACAAACACCUCAGGAGAGACAGUAUGCAUGUGCAGGAAUGUAUCGACUGGAACCGGAAGGUGCUAAAGCGGGAGCUGGGCCUAUCGGAGAGCGACAUCGUGGACAUCCCACAGCUCUUCUAUCUGAAGGGAGCCUAUGCUGAAGCCUUCUUCCCUGACAUGGUCAACAUGGUGGUCCUAGGCAAAUACCUGGGCAUCCCCAAACCCUUUGGCCCCCUCAUCAAUGGCCGCUGCUGCCUGGAGGAGAAGGUGCGCUCCCUGCUGGAGCCGCUGGGUCUGCACUGUAUCUUCAUCGAUGACUUCCUGUCUUACCAUCAGUUGCUGGGGGAGAUUCAUUGUGGCACUAAUGUGAGAAGGAAACCUUUCUCCUUUCGGUGGUGGAACUCAGUGCCCUGAGCCUGCCCGGCCACCACCCUUGCUGCCCUUUUGAUGGGAGUGCCAGGGCAAGGGUGAGGGACAUGGACCAGCCUCCAGCCUCCUGA